AUACACUCCGCUUGCGAAGAGAAUACGCCGUUAUUUCAUUUCAUCUGUUUCAACUUUUUUUAUACGAAAGAGCGACAUAUCUCAGUUGUGCCACUGCUGCCGUCGUGUUAAGAUCGUUUGGCUUUCUCAAAUAGAGGCGUAUUUUGUGUUGUGGAGUUCUUUGUGAAAAGCUUAUUUUAAAAUGUCAAACUGCAACAGCAGCAAAUCCUCAUCGUCAACUUCAUCUUCGAGUUUAUCCCGAUCAUCCUCUUUUUCAGGAGACUGACGACUCCAUGGCUGAUGUAACAUACUGCCCAAAAUCACCACAGCAAGAAAGUGAUAGCGAGGAUAGCAACGAUAAAACAUUUAAUCCAUCAGCCAAUUCUACGACUGUAUUCCUCCCACUUUUGGAGAAUUGUCAGCGUGACACCGCUAGUACAGUUGUGCAGCAAAGUGUUGAUAGCACAUCGAUUUCUUACGCGGCACCAUCACUCAGUAAUUCACAACCUGGCACUUCAACUUCAAAAAUGGUAAGUUCUUCCAUGAUUCCAAAUAGUCCAUUGAAAAAGGGGAAAAAAGAGCAAAACAGCCAGAAAAAUGGAAGAGGAACAUCAUUAAAAAGAAAAGAAAUAGUGGAAUGGAGUAUGAAUCACACACGCUGAUAAAAAAAGUUAAACCUGCAAGACAAAUGAAAACUCCAUGUGCUGAGACUUGUAAGCUCGAAUGUUACAAAAAUUUUAGUGAUGACGAACGAAAACAUUUGUUUAACUUAUACUGGGCCCUUGGUGACAUAGAAAAGCAAAGACAAUAUAUCGACAAAUGUAUGCAAAAAAUUGAGCCCAGAUACCGGUACAUGCGCAUUGGGGGAACCAGAGGGCCUCGCAAAAAUAAUAAUGCGUUUUUUUUAAAACAAGGUGAUGAGAUUGUGCGCGUUUGCAAACUGUUUUUUAAAAACACCCUGGCUAUCACCGAUCGUUCAAUUAGAACCGUAUUGGAUAAGCAUCAAAAACUCGCUAACCAAAUAUUAGAACCCGACCAAAGAGGUAAACACGGGAAACAGAAAAAACUUGAUCCUAAAUUAAAAGCUGGAAUUAAGGAAUUCCUAGAUAAAAUACCAAAAAUUGAAAGUCAUUACACAAGAGCAAACACAUCCAAAACCUUUAUUGAAGGAAGCAAAAGCGUAACAAGCAUAUAUAACGACUACGUAGACAUGUGUAAAGAAAAAAAUGAGCCGUUUUGCAACUACAUUUAUUUCUAUAGAACUUUUACGGAGGAUUUCAACAUCUCAUUUUUCGUCCCAAAAAAAGAUUUGUGUGAAGAAUGUACAUCAUACAGUAACAUGGAUGAAGUGGAGAAAAUUAAUAUGAAAGAAAUGUAUGAAAAUCACUUGCAUGAAAAAAAUUUGUCAAGAGAUGAAAAAAAAAGACAAAGAAGAUAUGAACGUAUUUGUAGCAGUGUAUGAUUUACAAGCUGUCAUGCAAUUACCUAAGGGCGAUGUCUCCGCAUUUUAUUACAAGUCAAAACUAAAUGUUUUCAACUUCACUAUAUAUGACAUAAAAACGAAUAAAUGCCAAUGCUUUGUAUGGGACGAAGCCAAUGGACGCCGUGGAGUUAAUGAAUUAUGUACGUGCGUUCUACAAUAUAUUAAAAAUUUGUCGACCACAGAAGAUGCUGAAAUAAUAUUUUAUUCGGAUAACUGUGCCGGACAGCAAAAAAACAAAUUCAUGAUUGCCAUGUACUUAUACGCCGUGCGCUAUUUGGGUAUAAAAUCAAUCACCCACAAGUACCUUAUCAAAGGUCAUACACAAAAUGAAGGCGAUUCAGCUCAUUCCUUAAUCGAGAGAGAAACCAAGCGUAUGCUUAAAAGUGGUCCCAUUUAUACAACUGAAGGAUUUGUAUCAAUAAUCCGAUCGGCAAAGAAAAGAGGAGACCCAUUUAAUGUUAACGAGCUAUGUUUUGAGGAUUUUUUAGAUUUAAAAAUACUGGCAAAUGACAUCGGUCCAUUAAAUAUGGCAGAUUUGAAACUGUCGCUAGUAAAAACAAUUCGAGUUCAACGAGAAUCACCAAAUUCUGUUUUUUAUAAGACCGCUUACGCUGACGAAAAGUUCAAGGAGGCGAUUGUUAUUAAAAAAAAGAUGCAAGCAAAAGCGAUUUCUUUAAACAAAGCUUUUCAUACCAAACCAGGUAUACCAGCAAAUAAGAGAGCCGAUAUUAAUGACUUGAUUAAAAAAAAACUUAUUCCAAAUUUUUAUAAACCAUUUUAUGAUAAUUUGUAAAAAUUUCAUAGUCAGACUUUCGUUACCAAUAUAUUUUGGUAUUUAGUUAUUAUUUUUUAAUUACUUAAA